AUGAUCCCUGUUGCCCAGAAACCUGGGCCUUCACUCGGUUUCUCUGACCUUCUCAGCGACAGAUCUUCUAUCUCCAUCAUUCAGUAUCUGAGAAGAUGUCAAGUAUCAUCCCACAGUGAUGCCAGCCAGACUGCUGUGCUGGAGAGGGACCAUACAUUUAUUUUCUUGUUACUCAAUGUUUUACAUCAGAUUCACAAACAACAUGAACCCAGAAACCAAACAGAUGUUUCAGAAUUUAUUCUCCUGGGAUUGACAGAUGAUCCAGACCUGCAGCCCCUCCUCUUUGGGCUCUUCCUGUCCAUGUACCUGGUCACCGUGCUGGGGAACCUGCUCAUCAUCCUGGCCAUCAGCUCGGACUCCCACCUGCACACGCCCAUGUACUUCUUCCUCUCCCACCUGUCCUUCACUGACAUCUGUAUAAGCACAACCACCAUCCCAAAGAUGCUGGUGAACAUCCAGACACAGAAUCAGCACAUCCGUUACACAGGUUGCCUCACCCAGAUCUGCUUUGUUCUGAUUUUUGUUGGCAUGGAAAACUUUCUCCUUACAGCCAUGGCGUAUGACCGCUAUGUGGCCAUUUGUCACCCUUUGAUGUACACGGUCAUUAUGAGCCCCCACCUCUGCGGGCUGUUGAUUCUCCUCUCCCUGCUAAUUAGCAUUGUGGCUGCGCUGCUGCACACUCUGAUGGCCCUGCGGCUGUCCUUCUGCAGGGAUCUGGAAAUCCCUCACUUCUUCUGUGAACUUGUUCAGGUCGUCAAGCUCGCCUGUUCUGAUUCCCUCAUCAACACCCUCCUGGCUAACUUUAUGGCUAGUAUAUUCGGUGGUCUUUCUCUCACUGGGAUUAUUUGCUCUUACGCUCAAAUUGCCUCUUCUCUUUUGAGAAUUCCAUUAGCUGGCAGAAAAUAUAAAGCUUUUUCGACCUGUGGGUCUCAUCUCUUAGUUGUCUUCUUAUUCUACGGUACAGGUUUUGGGGUGUACAUCGGUUCUGCAGUUACUGACUAUUCCAGGAAGACUGCAGUGGCCUCAAUGUUGUACAUUGUGGUUCCUCAAAUGUUAAACCCCUUUAUUUACAGCCUGAGGAACAGAGAUCUGAAGGGAGCCUUGAGAAAAAUAAUUAGUAGGAUAACUUUUCUUCAGUGA